AUGUCACCGACGAAUAAAUGUUUGAGGUGCAAGAACGGCAAGAAUGUGGAUCAUCUCGCAACAAAAUGCCCGAAAAUGCCACGUAUAGAAUAUACGAGGAGGCACGAGGCAGUUGCAAGGAUAAUCCACUCGGAACUCGGGAGGCAAAUAGGACUACCCAAGGAGAAGAUGGAUGCCCACAAGAUCGAGAGCGAAGUGCAUGGGAAACACGGAUGGAUCACGUACGACAAAACGGUCAAGACUCAGAAGAUCAAGGAGUACAACCGCCCAGACAUAAUCGUGGCGGAUCGACGGAGGAACAUGAUCACCAUCGUGGAAAUAGGAAUCACCAACCAGUACAACCUAGUGGAGACGGAGACAAUCACAGCUUUGCCAACGGCACUCGCACCAAGACAGGAUGGGUGCCACAGUGGAUGGUAUUUGUAG